CAAAGAUUAAGCAGAAUUGCAGCGCAUUUACAUAAACAUGAGGACGGUAACUCGGGAAUUAUCGCAAAAGAAUGCAAAAUUGAUGCGACUGGUUCAACGGAAGAAAAUAAAGGGACGGUGCCGAGAAAGAGGAGGAUAUACCCAACCUUCGUUGGCCACACCUUUUCUCCUAAUGAUCAUCAUCUGUGGUUAUUCAUCAUGCUGCUCCCCCUUGGAAUGAGAUCUAAGCCACUCUCUGUCUAAUGACUGCUGUUCAUGCUGUUUGAAGGCAGGAGAUUAUGAAGUGGAAUGGCUGGGGGUACAGUGACUCCAAAUUCCUCUUUAACAAGAAGGGUCAAGCAGAAUUUACAGGCAAAAGGUAUAGGCUAAGUGGGAUGACCCUGCCCAGUUUGCAGGACUGGUUUGAAAAUACCUUCGGUGCCAGUGUGAAGCAUAAAAGCCCUGCGACACCAGUCCUGAAUGCCAGCGUUGUGCCGCCGCCCAGACUGAACGAGGCAUUCGUAGAGAACCUGAAGGCCACAGGCAUCCCAUUCUCCAAUGAGGCGGAGGACAGGGUGUUCCGUGCCCACGGUCAUUGCUUACAUGAAAUCUUUGCUCUCAGAGAAGGGAAGAAAUUUGAGCGUGUUCCAGACAUGGUGGUGUGGCCAAACUGCCACAACGAUGUGGUGAAAAUUGUGGAGCUGGCGUGCAAGCACAAUGUUUGUCUGAUACCGUACGGCGGAGGUACCAGUGUGACCAGUGCUCUAGAGUGCCCCCCGGAGGAGACCCGCUGCAUCGUCUCUCUGGAUACUUCCCAGAUGAACCGCAUAUUGUGGCUCGACGAGAAUAAUUUAGUCGCCCACGUUGAAGCUGGCAUCAUCGGUCAGGAUCUGGAGAGAUUACUCAACGAGAGUGGCUACUGUACGGGGCAUGAGCCAGACUCCAUGGAGUUCAGUUCGCUGGGCGGCUGGGUGGCUACUAGAGCAUCGGGCAUGAAGAAGAACGUAUAUGGUAACAUUGAGGACCUGGUGAUCCACAUAAAGGCGGUGACCCCUCGAGGGGUGAUAGAGAAGAGCUGCCAGGGGCCACGCACGUCCACUGGGCCAGACAUCCACCACUUCAUCCUGGGCUCAGAAGGAACCCUUGGUGUGGUUACCGAGGUAACGAUGAAGAUCCGACCAAUCCCAGAGUACCAGAAGUAUGGCUCGGUGGUCUUCCCUAAAUUUGAGGCAGGCGUGGCCUGCUUACGAGAGGUUGCCAAGCAGAGGUGUGCACCGGCUUCCAUCCGGCUCAUGGAUAACAAACAGUUUCAUUUCGGUCAUGCCCUGAAACCUCAAGUGUCGUCCAUUUUCACACAUUUUGUUGAAGGGUUAAAGAAGUUCUACAUCACCAAGUUGAAAGGUUUCGACCCCCACCAGUUGGUGGUUGCCACUCUUCUGUUUGAAGGGGACCGCGAGAGGGUCCUGCAGCAUGAAAAACAAGUUUAUGACAUCGCAGCAACAUUUGGGGGCCUGGCAGCUGGAGAGGACAAUGGGCAGAGAGGCUACCUACUGACCUUUGUCAUCGCUUACCUCCGGGACUUGGGGAUGGACUACUGUGUGGUAGCAGAAUCCUUUGAGACAUCGGUGCCUUGGGACAGGGUAUUGGACCUUUGCCAGAAUGUCAAGGAGAGAAUUAUCAGAGAGUGUAAAGAAAGAGGAGUCCAGUUUCAACCGUUGACCUCAUGCAGAGUGACUCAGACCUAUGACUCUGGCGCAUGUAUAUACUUCUACUUUGCCUUCAACUACAGAGGACUGGCGGAUCCAGUACAUACAUACGAACAAGUGGAGCAUGCUGCCAGAGAGGAGAUCCUAGCCAAUGGAGGAAGCCUCUCGCACCACCAUGGAGGUAGUCAAGUGAACAUCCCUACGUCUAGCCACGCCCCUUCAUUUAGCCACGCCCCUACGUCUAGCCAUUUCAUCUUUUUCCAAAUUUCUUCAUAUCAAAACCUACAAAUUCAUAAAAUUUACUUGCCUAUUCACUUACGUAGAUGGACGGCACAGCAGUGGUUUAAAGUCUCGUGAAGGCAGUCUGUCAGGCUCUGUGCUGCUGUAUAGAAGUGAGCCAGUCUUUUUCUAAACCUCCUGUUUUGGCUUGGAGAUCUUUCAUCGCUUCCUUCACACCUCCAAAGUUUCCCACAGUACAGAGAAAUGGCUCUUUGUUCAUCUCAACACGGGCCAAAUGAAACGUGAGCAGGGGAGGGAGUGUGAAGCAACUAUCAGGGCAAACCCUAAUGGCUGCCUCAUCUAUAUUGCCAGGCGCCUCGUCUGUUUUCAUACAUCACUUCAGGCUAUUCAUCACGCCUGUCAGAAACAGCAAGCAGUGAAUCAGCUGCGAUAUUAAAUCACAAUUUCUCCUGAAGGUGGGGAAGGUUACAAAUGAACAGAUUGCUAAUAUAAGAAGGCAGUGGGCCAGGGUAAAUGAUGUUGCUGUUAUCACCCAGUAUUUACUGCCCUUCAAAUAGUGGGCCACCACCCAGCCAACCACCCAGGGCUGAGUAGGAGGGUGUGCAGCCGGGAGGAGGGGAUAUUGAUGCAGCUCCUGGGUGCGAGGCCCGCUCUGUAAUUGUGAUUAAUAACAGCCUGCUAUCUGGGCGCAGACAGGCGGUUUGUCUGCCCACAAUCAACACCUGACAAAUGGAGCUCGUCUCACUGGGGUGUGUAGCAAAGAAAACCGAUGUAGUCUGGGAAGGCAAGGUGGGAGGGGCCACCACAGGAAAUAUACAUUAUUCUAACCUGUGUUUACAUGAGGUCAGGGUGUGCAGAGAUAGUAUUCCACCCCCUGAUUCAAUCCACGUUAGAAUCACCUUUGGCAGCGAUUACAGCUGUGAGUCUUUCUGGGUAAGUCUCUAAAAGCUUUGUACACCAAUAUUUACACAUUAUUCUUUUUUAUAUUGUUCAACCUCUUGUCAAAUUGGUUGUUGAUCAUUGCUAGACAGUCAUUUUCCAGUCUUGCCAUAGAUAUUUAAGUCAACUCUAACUAGGUCACUCAGGAACAUUAAAUGUGUCCUCUUGUUAAGCAACUCCAGUGUAGAUUUGGCCUUGUGUUUUAGGUUAUUGUCCUGCUGAAAGGUGAAUUUGUCUCCCAGUGUCUGUUGGAAAGCAGACUGAACCAGGUUAUCCUCUAGGAUUUUGCCUGUGAUUAGCUCUAUUCCGUUUGAUUUUUAUCCUGGAAAAACUCCCUAGUCCUUGCUGAUGACAAGCAUACCCAUAAACUGCAGCCAACACCAUUCUUGGAAAUAUGAAGUGAUACUCAGUGACGUGUUGGAUUUGCCCCAAGCAUAAUGCUUUGUAUUCAGGACAGAAAGUUGAUUUCUUUGCCACAUUUUUUUGCAGUUUUAAUUCGGUGCCUGUUUGAGUGUUUCACUCUUGUCAUGUAGGUUAGUAUUGUGGAGUAACUACAAUGUUGUUGAUCCAUCCUCCUCUUUUCUCUCAUCACAGCCAUUAAAAUAACUGUUUUAAUAUCACCAUUGGAGUCAUUGUGAAGCGGUUUCCUACCUUUACAGGCUUCCUUCCUAACGUAGAUGCCGGAAUAUUUGUAGUGACUGGGUGUAUUGAUACACCAUCCAAAGUGUAAUUAAUAACUUCACCAUGCUCAAAGGUAUAGCUAAAAAAAAAAAGCAGACAUUGAAUAUCUCUUUGAGCGUUGUGAAGUUAUUAAUGACACUUUUGGAUGGUUUAUCAAUACACCCAGUCACUACAAAGUAACAGGUGUCCUUCAUUCCUUCCUUCCAUCUUCCUCAGGUGCCGGGGAGGAAGGAAACUGCUCAGGGAUUUCACCAUGAAGCCAAUUGUGACUUUAAAACAGUUAGUUCUCCUAUCACAGCCAUUAAAAACUCUGAGGAUGGAUCAACAACAUUGUAAUUACUCCACAAUACUAACCUAAUUGAUGGAGUGAAAAAAGAUAAUCCUUAACAGAAUAAAAGUAUUCCAAAAUGUGCUUCCUGUUUGCAAUAAGGCAAACUGCAAAAAAUGUGGCAAAGAAAUUCAUUUUUUGUUUGGGACAAACACAACACAUCACUGAGUGCCACUCGUCAAGGUUUAAAACAUUUUUUAAAAUGACUUUUACCCCUUUUUCUCCCCAAUUUUGUGAUAUCCAAUUGGUAGUUACUCUUGUCUCAUCACUGCAACUCCCGUACGGACUCGGGAGAGGCGAGGAUCGAGAGCCAUGCUUCCUGACACAUGACCCAACCAAGCCGUACUGCUUCUUGACACAAUGCCCUCUAAGGAAGCCAGCCACGCCAAUGUGUCGGAAACGCCAUACACCUGGCGACCGUGUCAGCGUGCAUUGCACCCGGCCCGCCACAGGAGUUGCUAGAGCGCGUUGGGACAAGGACAUCCCUGCCAGCCAAACCCUCCCCUAACCCGGACGACGCUGGGCCAA